CAGCUUUUUUUGCCGACGUGCUCCCGUGCUCCGGGUCCUUCUCCGUACCGCCGUGGGGAGCUCACUCCUCCUCCCUCUCCCAUCCCAAACUUCACUCCUCUCUCAACAUGGGAGGCAACAUCACCUAGAGCGGCAGCCCGGGCGGGGACGCGGCGGGAUCACUGUUGGCACCCCUGACCCCCGCCCCGCCAUGGGCGGCCCUGGCCGGUUCCGCCGCCGGGCCCCGCGCCGCCCGCACUAGCGGAGCGGCCACGGCAGCAUCCCCCGCUAUCAUGCUGGCGGCCGCCGGCAGGAAGGCUCUGGGACCUGAUCCCCGGGCGCCGGGGGUGGCGGAGGGGAGCGCGGCGCGGGAGCUCUCCCCGCGGAAGAGGCCGCCGGCCGCCGCCGAGGAGGAGCGCUGCGCCAGCCGCCCGCCGCCCGAGGGAGCGGGAGCCGCCGCGGGCGCCGAGCCGCGGCCGCUGGAGCGAGCGGCGGCCGGGGGCUGGUGCCGGAGCUGCCAGGCGCAGCUGGCCGAGCUGAGGAGGCAGGCGGCCCGGCUGGCUGCCGGCGGCUGCCCGCCCAACGCCCCGCCGGACCCACGAUUAUCAGCUUUAAUUUUUGACAAGCUUCAAGUGCCUGACUAUUUACAGAAGAACAGGAAUGAAGGAGAGAGCAGAUGCGAGACUUGUGCCACUCACUUGAAUCAGCUGAAGCAGGAAGCCAUUCAGAUGAUGCACACCCUCAGCCAGAGCAGCUACCCAGAGAUGCCCGACCUCCCACCUGGCGCCGCCGCAGUGACCAGCAUGGUACCCAGGGUGGUCACUGUCUCCUCCCAGAGGGACCUGCCUCUCAUUGCUGGGCAGGUGGGCAGGCAGCCUGGAAAGUCACCCAACCUCUUCUCUGCGGCAGAGAGGAAGAAAGGACUGGGGUGGUCUCAAGGCGUGGGCAGUUUUCCCAACUCCAGCGUCCAAGUGACGGUGGCUCCCAGCGGGCUCAGUGGUGCCCUGAGCUCUGUCACCAUCCAAGCUCAGCAGUACCUCGAGGGCAUGUGGAGUAUCUCCAGGGUGAACAGCUUCCUGCCUCAGGCUUGUCUAGCAGAAGCAGCAGCAGAAGGCGGCCGGGAUGUUCCCAGUGCUCAGAGCAGCCCCGAGCCCGCAGCCGCCCCGAGCGCGGUGGCUCCCGCCGGGGUCGCGGCCGGCGCCUCGGCCGCAGCAUCCUUCUUCAUAAGAGCAGCACAGAAGCUUAACCUGUCUUCGAAGAGAAAGAAAUACCAUCCACCCCUGCCACACACACACGACUUCUCUAUUUAUGCUACUAACUUUAGUGGCAUCCUGCAGCUCUGUCCUCCCCCAGCACCACCAUGCCUUCUGAGAGCUGUGUCCAAAAUCAAGGACAACCCUGGCAUUGGAAAGGUGAAAGUGAUGGUAAGGAUUUGUUCCUCUCAAGGAGCACACGAAACGUCUGAAUCCAUGUCCUUCCUAAAGGUAGACCCACGAAAAAAGCAAAUCACAUUUUAUGAUCCAGCAGCGACUGGGCCUUCCAAUGCAGGUCACAGAAGAGGUGUUGUUGCUGUCCCAAAGAUGUUUGCCUUUGAUGCAGUUUUCCCCCAGGAUGCCUCACAGGCUGAGGUAUGCUCUGGAACAGUAGCAGAAGUAAUCCAGUCUGUUGUGAAUGGUGCAGAUGGUUGCAUAUUUUGCUUUGGUCACGUCAAGCUUGGAAAAUCUUUUACCAUGAUUGGGAAAGAUAACUCCACACAAAGCCUUGGUAUCAUCCCCUGUGCAAUUUCUUGGCUCUUCAAAUUGAUCAAUGAACGUAAAGAAAAAACUGGAACUCGUUUCUCUAUUAGAGUAUCUGCUGUAGAGAUCAGUGGCAAAGAUGAAAACCUUAAGGAUUUGUUAGCUGAAGUAGCCACUGGCAGCCUUCAGGAUGGCCAGUCUCCUGGGGUUUAUCUGAGAGAAGAUCCAAUAUGUGGAACCCAGCUUCAAAACCAAAGUGAGCUAAGGGCCCCGACAGCAGAGAAAGCUGCCUUUUUCCUUGAUGCUGCAAUUGCUGCCAGAAGCACCAGCAAGCCUGAAUGUGAGGAGGAAGAUAGGAGGAAUUCACACAUGCUCUUUACUCUUCACAUAUACCAGUAUCGCAUGGAGAAGAGUGGCAAAGGAGGAAUGUCUGGAGGACGCAGUCGUUUGCAUCUCAUUGAUCUAGGGAGCUGUGAAAAAGUGCUGAGCAAGAGUCGAGAUGCAGGAGGCUCUCUGUGUCUGUCUCUCUCGGCCCUGGGCAACGUAAUUUUGGCCUUAAUUAAUGGUGCUAAACAUGUGCCAUAUAAGGACAACAAGUUGACAAUGUUGUUGAGGGAAUCACUUGGGAACAUCAACUGCAGGACUACUAUGAUUGCACACAUUUCUGACUCCCCAGCCAAUUAUGCAGAGACUCUCACCACUGUUCAGCUCGCAUCGCGAAUCCACCGUAUGAGAAAGAAGAAAUCCAAGUAUGCAUCCAGCUCGUCUGGAGGAGAGAGUUCGUGUGAAGAAGGACACGUCCGGAGACCGCCCCAUCUGCGACCAUUCCACCCACGAACUGUUGCCCUUGACCCUGACCUUCCUGUCCUGAGUAUAUCCAGUGAUCCUGAUUAUUCCUCCAGCAGUGAACAGUCUUGUGAUACUGUCAUCUAUGUUGGGCCCAACGGUGCAGCUUUGUCUGACAGGGAAUUGACAGAUAAUGAAGGUCCGCCAGAGUUUGUUCCCAUUAUCCCGUCCCUGAACAAGAAGAGAAAUAAAGACAAUUCUGCUAUUGGUAGGAGUUCUGACAAGGACCAUUUCAAAUGCAACACUUUUGCUGAACUGCAGGAGAGGUUAGAGUGCAUUGAUGGAAGUGAGGAGCCCAUGAAAUUUGCUUGUGGAGAAAUCUCUGUUGGGUCCAACUGUAGUCCUGUUCCUGGAAGUACAGAAAAUGCACAGUCUAAAUUGAUAAAGGAAAAAGUAUCCUCUCCUUCUGGAGGAUUUAAGAAACUGAUUUCACAAGAAACUGCAUCUCCCAAAAAGGGACAUAACCUUCCUUUCCAGGCUGUUGCACCAAGGGGUGGCAAUGGCAACUGUCAAGAAAAUAGCACACCUCACUUGAAAGCAGAGCUUUCCAAGCUGCAGAGCAGAGCUGACAACAAAAUAAUAGACUCUGUCCUGGAGGGGGAGAGAGAGACAAUCACUGAUUCCUUGCAGACUUCAAGGUGUAGCCCUUUGAGGAAUCCAGAGCAGCAUAAGGCCACAGCUGAAUGUGUCACUAAGGAAAAGUCCUUGUACAUGAAGAGACCCUUGCCAAGCCCAGCGCCUCCCCCUCCACAGCAGAGAGAACAACACUCCCCAAGCUCCAAAGCUGAGAGUCUGGAGCUGGACAAUAGCAAUGCAAUUCGGACUCCUCCUGUGGGAAUGAGCAAACAGAUGGGAAACAAGCCCGAGCAAAACCCUUUAGGAAGCACAUUCCUUGUUGGUAGCAACAGCCAGAGUCAGUCAGGUGCGAUAGAGGUACACAGCUUCAGGUCAGCAUUCAGAGGGAAAUGUUUCGAUCGGGAUAUCCUGACCACCACAGUGACUUUGCAGCAGCCUGUUGAGCUGAAUGGAGAGGAUGAGCUUGUUUUCACAGUGGUGGAAGAGCUCUCUAUUAGUGGAAUUAUGGAUAAUGGGAGACCUUCCAGUAUCAUUAGCUUUAACAGUGACUGCUCUCUUCAGGCCCUUGCAUCGGGUUCGAGGCCGGUCAGUAUUAUCAGCAGCAUAAAUGAUGAGUUUGAUGCUUAUACCUCACAGGAGACUUCUACUGGUGUAAAUAUUGAUAUUGUUGUGCCCUUUGCUAAGGAUCCCUUUACCAGCAGCAGACGUUCUUCCAUCAGUUCAUGGCUUAGUGAAGUCAGCAUUUGUACAAUUGAAAGCGAUGGGGCCCAGUCCAGUGACAGUUUUGUCGCACAGUCAUCUUACAGCUGUAGUAAGUCCGAGGAACCCUUCAACUUGGACUCAUCCCAUUUAUGUAUCCCCCUGAAAAGUGCUCUGAAUGACAGUGGAUUUUGCUUCUCUGAGCUGGAGAGUGAGAGCCUGAGUUCCAGCAAGUUUUCCUCAGGCAUCAGCAAAAGCCCUCAAACCUCUGAAACUACCAAAGCAUCUCAGAUAAAAAGUGCUUUUUGUGUCACUGAUCAGCCAGUAAAAAUUAAAUUUACUAAUUCUCGUGAUGCGCCUGUGAUAGAAACAAUACAUUCUAGUCUUCCUAGGAAAACAAAAACUACCUCUUCUCCAAUCCACAAUAAUACUGUCCUCAGCUAUAAAGAGCUGCAGAAUCCACAUGGUGUAUUUGAAGAUCCUUGGCUGUUACGCACCGAUUAUCACUUGGAAGCAAAACCUGCAGAGUCUCUGCUGUCUCCAAAACCUCACACGUUUGGUACUGAGAAGCAGCCAGAAAAAGCUGCCCAGUGUUUUGGCACAGCAUCCAGGCCGACAAAGUCACAGACGAUGCUCGCCUGUUCGCAGAGGGUUGUGGAUGGUUGUGAAAUGGCCGGCAAAUCCUCCAGUGGAGCUGCAAAGAAGUCAGAAGCUGUGAUGAAGAUGCCACAGCUGAAGAGAGGAGCCACCACACUGGGAGUGACACCAGUGUCACACACUAACAGCACUUUGCCGGAGUCUGGGACCCGAGGGAAUCUGGAUCCUCCCUUCUCCACUGGCAGCUUAAAAUCGUCCCUGGGAAGGAAGAGUGCACCACAGAAAUCAACCAUGUUGCCCAGACCAGGUGGGCCAACACCUCCAACGCCUCCUGUACGUAAAUCGAGCCUGGAGCAGAAACCUGUUGGUCUGGGUAACGGUGGGGGGAAAGUCUCUGGCCUGGAUUUUGCCAGAGCUGCCACGCCAAAGGCUGAAGAUGAAGCAGAUUUGCGGUUGAAAGCUGGCUCUUACUUUAGUGAAAGUGCCAGCUGCAAAAUGAACUUGAAGGGUGACCACUCUUUGCCCAAGAUGACAUCGAGCUUAAAGGUGAAGGCGUCAAAGAGUGAAACCGUGCACCGAUACGGGAGCCACAUGUCUCUGGAGAGGUGUGACAGCCUGACAUCUGUUGGAUCCAAAGCAAGCACGGUGAGGGACAGCGGGAGCACCGGCAACAGCCGGGCAGGGCGCUCUGUCCCCAGGCUGGGGGUCCCUCCUGUUGCUUCCAGUAUGGGUUUACCACUGCCCUUCACCCCCCCUGCACCUGGUAAAAACAGUCAGGCAAAACCCACCGCUAACCAGAAGGUGCAAGCCAGUGGGAGUAAAACCCGGGGCCUCUCUGCCAGUGGGUCCAAGUCUCUCAGCUCCUCUGUGAAGUCGCUGGCCCAGCCUGCAGGGAAGGGCUCUGGCAUGGCCCCUGGUGGGAAGGCAGCGCCCCGUUCCGUGCAGCCCGUCAGCGGCAAGCCCGGCCGCGGGACCAUCAUGGGCACCAAGCAGGCCAUGAGGGCGGCCAACAGCCGCGUGAACGAGCUGGUGUCGGGCGGCUCCGGCAAGGCGGGGCACUUCCGCGGCUCCACCGACUCCGACAGCGGCAACGACAGCGGCAUCAACCUCAGUGACGAGAAGUCGCAAAUGCCGGUGCUGCCGUCUCCCUACAGCAAGAUCACGGCCCCGCGGCGGCCGCAGCGCUACAGCAGCGGGCACGGCAGCGACAACAGCAGCGUCCUGAGCGGGGAGCUGCCGCCAGCCAUGGGCAGGACGGCUCUGUUCUACCACAGCGGGGGCAGCAGCGGCUACGAGAGCAUGAUCCGGGACAGCGAGGCCACCGGCAGCGCCUCGUCGGCGCACGACUCCAUGAGCGAGAGCGGGAUGUCGUCACCCGGGCGGAUGAGGAGCCUGAAAUCCCCCAAGAAACGCUCAACAGGUCUCCAGCGUCGCAGACUGAUUCCUGCACCAUUGCCAGAUGCUGCCUCCUUAGGAAGAAAACCCAGUGUCACUGGCCAGUGGGUUGAUCUACCACCUUUGCCAGGCACUUUGAAAGAGCCAUUUGAAAUUAAAGUUUAUGAGAUUGAUGAUGUGGAACGGUUACAGCGACACAGACAAGAGGAAACUGAGGGUCUGAUGUAUUUCCAUACCAAGCUGAAGAUACUGGAGAGGCGCCAGCAGCGAAUCAGAGAAAUAAAGGCAAAGCAUGAAAUUUUGAAGGAAGAGCUGGAAGAGACAAAGUGCAGGUUGAUGAUGGAUCCAAAUAAAUGGAAGGAAGAUUUCGAAGUGGAUCCUGAUCUUGAUAAGGAGUCACAGGAGUACCUGGAGGCACUGGAACAAGUGACAGAAGAACUGGAGCAGUGUGUUAAUCUGUGCAAGUCACACAUCAUGAUAGUGACGUGUUUCGAUAUCGGGAUCACCGACGCGCAGGACGGAGCGAGGGAAGUGGAGGUUUGAGGAGAGGCGUUUCAGGGGACUGAGGGAAGUGGAGCUGGGUCGUCCGACAUGAAGAAGUAAAGGGAUAAAGUAGCUGGGAAGUGAAGGAGGAAAGGUGAAGACUAAAAAGCAACGAUGAAUGUUGUAAGAGAAAGAAACAGCUGAGGAAUGGGAAUGUUCAUGAAUCAUUUGGUGCCUCAACGUGACCUGAGCUGUACAAAGAUAAAAGUAGGAUCAAGUAUUGCUUCUGCCAGAGGGAGGUGAAGAAAUUUAGUACAAACCCUGAUGUUAACUAACAAACAAACAAACACGAAAUGGAAGUGCCUUUAAAGUUCAUUUGAUUUUCAUUUUUGUAUUUGGUGCUAAAAUUAAAGCCAGCAAACCUAAGCAGACCACAAAAUGUAUUCCUACGAAAUAUUUUAUACUGUAUAGUGUAUUUAUGACUAUAUGUAAAAAACAAACAACAUUGUAGCAAAAGCAAUAAGUAAAUUAUGUUUUCAUACCUGAACUUGCCUUCUUGUUUCAUAGAAAAGCUGUUUUAUGUAGCAGAAUUAAAAUUGUAUUAUAAUUGUUUUCUUGGUUAGGGUUCAAGAUAUUUUUAUGAACAUUUAUCUAUUGAAAAGGAGUAUUAUGGCAUUUUGAGAUGAUUGUUUUACCUUCAGGUUUUGUAUUAUUACUUUUUCAGAUCGAAAUAAAUGUUUGUUUUCCAUUUUAUAUAUACAUAUAUAGAUAUAUAUUAACUGCUUACCUACUUCCUUGGUUACUAACCUCACUUUUCACAGACCUGGUCUUUUUUGGAGUCGUAAACUUAAUGUGAGGAAGUCUACAAAGGGCACUGUGGUUUGUUUUGGUUUUCUUUUUUCCUCUCUGACUGCAGGAAUUGAGAAUUAUGUUUAUUACCAAAACCAUAAAACAAGCAAAAAAAAAAGGAGCAAAAAGUUUUUGUAAAUGUUAAGUUAGGUCCAUAUUUUUAUAGUUUUGACUAUAAAUAUAGCAUUUGCAUUUUGAACUUUUAAGACAAAUAGUAUAUCUUUUUACAGUUUUUCUAAGGAAGGCAAACCCUCAGGAUCAAGUUUAUACAUGCUGCAUGAGAUUUGUGCUUUUUUGAAGGAGGCCACUUAAGUGUGGAAACUAUUGAUAAAUUGUUGCCAAACAAAUACUUUUGAAAAGGUUUAAUAGUGUAUGUAAUGCCACAUUUCAUAAUGAAUCAUAUUUUCUAAUCAUCUUCCUUUUUAUGGUUUUUUCAAAUCCUUUGUAUAAAUAUGUAUUAUAACAGCUUGCUUCAGUUUUUAUCUGUGAAUAAAAGAUACAUCUAUUGUUACAA